AUGGAAGACAACCCCGUAAAGAUCAUUGCCCAACUGGCCAGGUAUGAUAACUAUAGCUUGGCGCACGAUCCAUCAGCACGGCGAGCUGCUCUGGCGCUAUCCAAGAAACUCUCAUUUUGCUUGGAAGAUCCAGAGACCCUGGCCAUGGGGACUGCUAUGGCGCCGAUGAGCAAUCUGGCAGUUCGUAUCGCCAUUGAUCUCGACCUCUUUUCCCUCCUCGUCGCCCAAUCUCACCCCGUAUCGUCGUCCUUCAUCGCCGCAUCCACGCACAGCGACCCGACGCUCGUCCAUCGGAUCCUGCGCGCCUGCAGCAGCAUCCACCUCGUCCAGCAGGAAUCUGCCGACGACAACGACAACGACAACGACCACGCCGACUCGUGGUCCGCCAAUGCCGUUACGCGAGAAAUGGCCCGCGGCCCCAUGCCCGCCUGGCACCGCAUGUGGUGGGACUUACUCCUAACGUCGGCCAUGGCCGCGCCGUCCUUCCUCCGGGACCGCAAGCACCAGGCCCACGACGACCCCGCGCGGGGCAUCCUGCAGCGCGCCUUUCACGCCGCCGACGGUAUCGCGCCGUACGACGUGCUUCAGAGUAGACCCGCGCUGCACCGCGACUUUAACGACGCCAUGGCCGUCAACACCGGCCAGCCCGCGCCGUGGUUCCGGCUCUUUCCCGCGGAGCAGCAUCUCCUCGCUGACUUGUCCUCCUCCUCCUCCUCCUCUCCCUCCGCGGUGCUGGUCGACGUCGGGGGCGGCAAGGGCCACGAUUUGCAAGCCUUUUACGAGGCGUUUCCAGACAGCGGCCGCGCUGGGGCGCUUGUGCUGCAGGACCUGCCACCCGUCAUUGACAGCAUCGAGCCGGGCACGCUGGAUCCCGCUCUUGUGACGCAAAAGCACGACAUUUUCACCAGACAACCAGUACGCGGCGCGAGAGCCUACUUUUUGCGUCGCGUGCUGCACCAGUGGCCAGAUAAAUACUGCCUGCGCAUCUUGAAGGAGCUGUGGAAUGCGAUGCGGCCAGCCUACUCGAGGUUGCUUAUAUACGAGGCAAUUCUGCCAGAUGCGGGCGCGGCGCGGGCCUUGUGCGAGCUGGACCUGUGCGUCAUGUCAUUUAGUGGUGGGAUGGAGCGGUCCAAGAGUCAGUGGGUGGCGCUGUUGUCGAAAGCUGGGUUUGACGUUGUCAAGUUCUGGCAGACGAAUCCAAAUGCAGAUGGAAUCGUCGAAGCAGUAGUGAGUGCUGUAUAG